AUGAUGAGCUCUCCCUCCGUCCCUCCAGUGCACGUGUCCAGCCACGAUCAUGAGCGGGACUUCUCAUGCAGGGCAUCCGUUGACAUCAUAUCUGGAUGCGACGACGACGAAUUUCCUUUAUUUUUCAACCGUGCUGUAUUUGGGAACAUUGCAUUCACUGGUUUACGUCUCAGUCUGAGUUUCUACAGCCAAACAAGAACCACCACCUUACGUACAAGCACAAAUCGUCCUCCAAUCUCCAUGGCCACAAAGCUCCAGUGGUUGCCAUUGCCACGGCUCCUGUUCAUCCUCUCCACUCUCUUCUUCGUUGGGCAAAUCGCCGCCGCCUUGCCAUGGAUUGAGUCCCACCAACGAUACCUCGACCAGCCCUCUGGCCUCUACCCCGUCGUGCUGCUGCCGGGAAGCAGCUGCAGCCAGAUCGAGGUUCGCCUCACCGAUGCUUACGAGCCGCCGUCGCCGGUCUGCGAGGCGCUCAAGCGCGACGGCCGGUGGUCCCUGCUAUAUAAGAACAUCACUGCUCCUGAUGCUGAAGUCCCGUGCUUCGCCGAUCAGCUGCGCCUGGUCUAUGACCACGCCAGCGGUGACUACCGCAACGCGCGCGGCGUCGAGACCCGCCCCCUCUCCUUCGGCUCCACCCGCGGCUUCCUCGCCAACGAACCUGCCGACAGGGAGCUGUGCAUGGGGAAGCUGGUCGAGGCGUUGGAGCGAGAGGGGUACCGCGACGGCGAGUCCCUCUUCGGCGCUCCGUACGACUUCCGGCACGCACCCGCUGCGGAGGGACAGGCGAACAGGGAGCUCUCCCGGUUCCGGCGUGCGCUCAGGGCGCUCGUUGAGCGCGCGAGCAGGGCGAACGGGGACAAGGCGGUCGUCCUCGUCUCGCACAGCCAGGGCGGCUACUUCACCAUGGACUUCCUCAGACGGAGCCCGCUAUCAUGGCGCAGGCGGUUCGUGAAGCACUACGUGAUGGCGUCCACGGGCGCCGGCGGGUUCGUGGUGUCGAUGCAGUUCUUCACCUCCACUGGCGACUCAUCUUCCAGCUCCCCUCCAUCGCCUGCAACCGCCAUGUCGCUGCCCAGCGUUGGCAGGACCUUGCCCAGCAGGUUCACCGCGCUGCCGUCUCCCAUGGCUUUCAGCGACGACACGCCGUUGGUGGUCACGCGGAACAAGAGCUACGCCGCACGCGACAUGUCUGCAUUCCUGGCGGCUGCCGGGCUACCUCCCGACAUGGUACGGCUCUACGAGACACGGGAGCUCCCCGUGGCGCUGAACCUCGGGGCGCCGUUGGUGCCCGUGACGUGCGUCAACGGCGUCGGGGUGCCGACGACGGAGAUGCUGGUGUAUAGAGACGGCCUCGACGGCACCCCGGAGGUGACCUACGGAGACGGCGACGGGGUCGUGAACCUGGCCAGCAUAGUGGCGCUUGACAAGGUGAUCGGUGGAGACCCGAGGCAGGAGUACUACAGGUCCGUCAGGAUUGCCAACAUGUCUCACCGCGGCGUCGUCUCGGAUCCUGUUGCUCUGCGGCGAAUGGUCCAUGAGAUUCUUGCGGCCACUAGCGCCGAGGAUACACGUGUGAUCUAGCUUGCCUAGGAUAACGCUGCCUGCAUGAACAAACACCUGAAAUAAAUGAAGAAAAUGAGCAAACAUUUAAUAACAAGCCCCAUAGUAUAAAUUGGGAAAUGAGAAAAACAGAAUUAGAAUAAAGUAUCAUGAUUGAGGGGAAUUCUAUGUAUGCUUAAAGUUGGAUAUAUCUAUUUUAACUCUAAUGCAAAUAUAGAAUUAAUGUGACUAAUUCUCUCCGUCGACUGAGAAUUAAGAUAAGAUAUGUCAUCAAACUUCCGUUGCAACUCAAGUUGCAACUAAUGGUUAAGCAUGAACCACGAAAUAAUCGAACGGUUCAGGGCAUUUGCGGCCACUAGCGCCGAGUAUACACGCGUGAUGUAGCUUGCCUAUGAUAACGCUGGCUGCAUGAGCAAACACCUGAAAUAAAUGAAGAAAAUGGGCAAACAUCUAAUAACAAGCCCCAUAGUAUAAAUGGGCAAUGAGAAAACCAGAAUUAGAA